AUGGUGUUUGUCUGCCCUUCUUUGGGAAGCUCUGACAUUUCUUUGCUUUGUUUGCCUCUUGAUCAGAAGUUGUUUUGUGCCCUUGUCAACGUUGUUCCAUCGGGUAUGGCCAACGAAACUGUUCCAAAACCUGUGGUGGAGAAUGGGUAUGACGACGACGAUGAUGACAAGCCUUUAGUGUUUCAUAGGAGAAGCGCUGUUGCUUCUAACUCGAAUCAGUCAAAAUCCACUCCUCAGAGAAGCAAGGCUGUUCCUUCAACCAAGGUUUCACCUAUGAGAUCUUCUCCUGUGACUAGCCCAAACGGAACCACUCCGUUGAAUAGAACUUCUACAGUGAAAUCCUCAAUGCCAUCAUCAUCUUCCUCUAAGGCUUCACCAGCGAAGUCACCAUUGCGGAACGAUACGCCCUCUGCUGGGAAGGGCAUGAACCAGUCACGUAAAGACCAGUCUGAAUGUAAAAGAGAGCGUGAGGAUUCUGAUGAUGAUAGACCUUUAACUUCCAUACUGUCUGGGAGUUCAAGUCGGCCAAAUAAAGGGCCAGCCUCUUCGCGGCAGGUUACUUCACCGCAGCCAGAGAAAAAGAACAGUGAUAGAAUCGUAAAAGAUGAGUCAGAUGAUGAAGCUCCAAUCUCAUCAAUGUUGCAAAAGAAGAUUGGUAGUGGAAUUUCAGGUAGCAAACAGGUCUCCGUUGAGGAAAAGAAACCGUUGGUUAAAAAGCUGCAUCAGAAUGGUUCUGCAGUUAAGAAUGAAGUACCUAACUGUAAGGUAUCAGGUAAGAGACCUCUGGAGAAGGAUAUUUCUACAGGUGAAUCUUCCUUGAAGAAGCCCAAGGUCUCAGCUUCACCAACUUUAGCGAAAAUGAAACAAGAUUCUGCUAAAACAGAGAGUUCUGAUGCUAAGGGAAGGGUCUUGGUGUCACCCAAACCAAUGAAAGCUAAACAGUUAUCCAACAGAGAAGAUAGUAGUGAUGAUGAUGUUCCUUUAUCCAAGCGAGUCAAAUCAGAGUCCUCCAACAGUAAAAUAUCAUCCGCAAAGCCUAAAGCAGUAAAACAAAAUGCUAGCUCAUCAGGUGCAAAGCCUAAAGCAACAAAAGUAGUCUCUCCUCCGUCCAGGACAGUGAAGAAAAACUCCAAGAAAGUAACGAAGGAUUCAAAUUUUUCCAAGUCCUCUAAAUCUUCACCUUCCUCUGGUGAUGGGCAAAAGAAAUGGACUACCUUGGUGCACAACGGUGUAAUUUUUCCACCUCCGUACAAGCCUCAUGGCAUCAAGAUUUUGUACAAGGGGAAGCCAGUUGACCUAACAAUUGAACAAGAGGAGGUUGCUACAAUGUUUGCAGUGAUGAGAGAGACAGAAUAUUAUAACAAACCUCAAUUUAGAGACAAUUUUUGGAAUGACUGGCGAGUACUGCUUGGGAAGAAACAUGUGAUACAGAAGUUGGAUGAUUGUGACUUUACUCCCAUUUAUGAGUGGCAUUUGGUAGAAAAAGAGAAGAAGAAACAAAUGAGUACAGAGGAGAAAAAAGCUUUGAAAGCGGAGAAGCUGAAGCUAGAGGAGAAAUAUAUGUGGGCUUUUCUUGACGGUGUCAAAGAGAAGGUUGGUAACUUCAGAGUUGAACCGCCUGGGCUUUUCAGAGGCCGUGGAGAACACCCCAAGAUGGGAAAGUUAAAGAGGCGUAUCCGUCCAUCUGAGAUCACCAUCAAUAUUGGGAAAGGUGCUCCAAUUCCAGAAUGUCCAAUCCCUGGUGAAAGAUGGAAAGAUGUAAAGCAUGAUAACACAGUUACCUGGCUAGCUUUCUGGAAUGAUCCUAUUAACCCGAAAGAAUUCAAAUAUGUAUUUCUGGGAGCUGGCAGUGCUUUAAAAGGGCAGAGCGACAAGGAGAAGUAUGAGAAAGCCAGGAAUCUUACGAACCACAUAGAAAGUAUUAGAGCAACUUACACCAAGAAUUUUACCUCUAAGGAUGUUGCAAAGAGGCAAAUUGCGGUGGCUACUUAUCUCAUUGAUAAAUUGGCGCUUAGAGCUGGAAAUGAGAAGGAUGAUGAUGAGGCCGACACUGUUGGUUGUUGUACAUUAAAAGUCGGAAAUGUGGAGUGUAUUCCUCCAAAUUUAAUAAAGUUUGAUUUCCUGGGUAAAGAUUCAAUCAGGUAUGAGAACACAGUCAAGGUUGAGGCUCCUGUUUACAAGGCCAUUGGACAGUUCCAGGCUGGAAAAUCCGAAGCCGAUGAUCUUUUUGAUGAGUUAGACACAAAUAAACUGAAUGCUCAUCUGAAGGAGCUUGUACCUGGUCUCACAGCCAAAGUAUUCCGUACAUAUAAUGCAUCCUUCACUUUGGAUAAGAUGUUGAGUGAAGAUAUUAAAGCCAGCGAUGUUGGUCCGAAAGUAUUAGUUUACCAACAAGCAAACAAGAAGGUUGCCAUAAUAUGCAAUCAUCAGCGUGCUGUUUCAAAGUCGCAUGGAGCACAAAUCGAAAAAUUGGAUGGGAAAAUAAAAGAACUCAAGGAGGGUCUUAAAGAACUCGAAACUAAUCUCAAGCGGGCUAAAGAGGGAAAACCACCAUUGGAAGGUUCCGAUGGAAAGAAGAUCAGAAGCUUAGAUCCAAACGCGUGGGAGAAGAAGAUUGCUCAACACAAAGAUAAGAUUGAGAGGAUGGAACGAGACAUGACCACAAAAGAGGACUUGAAAACUGUGGCGCUGGGCACGUCCAAGAUCAAUUACCUGGACCCUAGGAUCACUGUUGCUUGGUGUAAACGUCAUGAAGUGCCAAUUGAAAAGAUUUUCACCAAGUCGCUUCUGGAGAAAUUUGCAUGGGCAAUGGACGCAGAACCUGAGUUCAGAUUCUAG